GGGAAAGACCUCUGGGAAGCACUGGGACAGGCAGCCUAGAGACUGUGCAUCCCAGUAGCUCUGGCUGGAGCAGGAGCAAUGAGCAGGGAUGUCUCCCAGGCAAGGGGAGAGUCGCCCUGCAACAGGGCAGCCCGUGCGGGUGACUGCAGUGGCUCUGCCCCUUCCCUGGGCUGAGCCACUGGCCUGUGACCAAGGCGGGGAGCAGAGAGGAAAAGCCGGUCCCUGCCCCUGCCUGGUCCUUGUGAUGCUGAGGGGUGGGCCGCCCUCGGGGCACAGGUCAGGGGGAUCCCUGGAGACUGUUGUGCUCCAGUGUCUGGGUGGGACUCCGUCCCGGGGUCUGUGAGGAACGACGUGGGUGUAGCCCGGCUGGGAAGGGCUGGGGAUGAGCUGCAGCUGCGUGAGCAAGCGUUUUCCCAGCACGGGGGUGGGAUGACAGUUUUGCCACUGGGAUGUGGACCAAAGCCCUCUCCGAAAUGUCCCUUGUCCCCCCCACUCUGCAAGCUGGACAACAUUGUCCACCUUAAGGUUGGCAUCGCCCUGCAGCAGAGCUGGAUCCGGGAAGGGAUGCUGGGAGAGCGGAGAGGGGCAGGGGUGCACAGGGGAAAGCAAGGGACAGGAGGACAUGGGUGUUAACAGCUCCCUAGGACUAUUUAGCUGGGUGUGCAGGCUCGCUGGGGAGGCUGGGAGCUUCCUAAUGCCUGGAUCAGGGAAGCGAUGGAUGGCUGCCAUCACUAAGCCCGUUUUCCCUCUGCCUACUGGGAUUCCCGCUGCAGAGGCUACAGAGAACCUGUGGGGCUAGAUGGCAGCUCUGACAGCUCAGCUGCAUGACCUGAUACACUGAUGGAGCUGGUCGAAAUGUCUCAUCCGCAGCCUUUCUCCCAGCAGGGUCACCUGGGCAGCAAUGGCCGGGAUACAGCAAGAGUGCCAGGCCCAGGGGGGAGGUUGCAGCGGGACUCCCAUCCUUCCUUCCAGCAGGGAGCCAGGUGAGGCUGAGGAGCAGAGCUUUUCCUGGCCCCUGUCAUGGAGGACGCCCUCUCUGUCCCAGCUGGGACACUCUCAGGGGAUGGCACUGACGCCUGCCCAUGCUCAGGUGCAGAAAGAUGGUUUAGAGCUGGUGACCCUGCCCUGCAACCGUCCUCAUGGGGACAGAAAUCCCUCUGCACUGCCCUUGCUCCCUGGAGAAGGGCCUGAGGCCUGUCACCCGCCGAGGGAAGCCCCUGCAGCUAACGGCGCUGAAGCAGAGGUGGCCGUGUCGGGGUGGGCCGGCGAGGAGGCCUGGCGCCGGCGGUUCCGCUCGGGAGCUGCGCAGCUGGGAGAAGCUCCCCAGAAGGCGCUUGCCCGCCUCAGCCAGGCGGCUUGGCAGUGGCUGCAGCCAGAGGAGCACACCAAGGACCAGAUCAUGGAUGCCAUCAUCCUGGAGCAGUUCCUAGGGGAGCUCCAAGCAGACGCGCAGGCCUGGGUGAUGGCGAAGGAGCCUUGCAGCAGCAAGGAGGCGGCCAGACUGGCUGAGGUCUACCUGGGGGAACAAAAGCCAACCCAGAUUCCUUGGGGCAUUGAUAAGGGGCUGGUGACCUUCAAGGAUGUGGCCCUGUAUUUCACCAAAGAGCAAUGGGCUCUGCUGGACCCCGGUCAGAAAGCCCUCUAUAGGGACGUCAUGCAGGAGAAUUAUGAGACCGUGACCUCAUUGGGACUUCUCAUUCCUAAAUACAACAUGAUUUCGCAGCUGGAAGAGGGCACCAAGCCAUGGAGCCCAGAUCCCCAAGGAGAGAUCCCAAGGGAUGCUGACACACAGAAAGCAUUGGUGAAACCAAUACAGGCACCAUCCCCCAGCAAAGAAAAUAUCUGGCGCUCCCACUAUGGUUGCAGCAGCUUGUCCAGUCCUCCCUCAUCUUAUUCAGCAGGGUUUCCAGACUCAGAGCCUGAUGAUGAGAUCUCCCAGCUGGAACAGGAGGAAGGGGCUCAGGUCCCAUGUCUUGUAGGCUCUAAGGAAAGGAAAACUGCAAGAGGAGCCUGCAUAGGAAACAACUCUUGUUUGGAUUUUCCCGCUAUCCCCGCCAGGGGUGGCACAGCGAGUGACCAUGACAAGGAGAGUUCUCAGCAUACGCAACCACAUGGGACAAUACCAGAAACAGCUGAAGGGGACAUGGCAGGGACCCCUCCACUCGUGCUGCUGCAAGGGGCAGUAUCAGCACCACCUGAGGACAAAUCCUCCACAAUGCCCGAGCUGGUGGAACCGUCCCCAGUAUUAUUGAUCAAAUCUGAAGGGGAGGUGCCUUGGAGUCCUGCGCCUGGAGCAACCAUGGAAAAUCAGGGAAGGACACAGGAGCCCCUGGGAAGCCACCCAGCUAAGCAACAGGGCAGCCCUGCUCCCCCCGGUGGCAGCAGUGAAGGCAGCCAGUACAUCCAAGUGGUGCUGAAGCUCCAGACAGGAGAGCAGCAGUGGUCAUGCCCUGAGUGCGGAAAAACCUUCAUUGACAGUGCUCGCCUCCUGCAACACCAGCGGGCCCACAGGCGGGAGAAGCCCUUUCCCUGCCCCGACUGCUGGAGAGGGUUCCUGAGGCGCCGUGACCUGGUGAUCCACCAGCGCUCCCAUACAGGCGAGGUGCCUUUCUCUUGCCCUGACUGUGGGGAGGGCUUCCUGCGCCACUACGACCUGGCUGCCCACCGCAAGAGCCACAUGGAAACCUGGCCCCACCAGUGCCCCAAAUGCAACCGGCGCUUCCGCAAGCGCUCCCUCCUGGUCAACCACCAGCGCACCCACCUCCAGGACGACCGCUACAAGUGCCCCGAGUGUGGGGAGGGCUUCAAGCGGCCUGGGCAGCUGGAAAUGCAUCGCUACAGCCAUAUGGAGGAGAAGCCCCACACCUGCUUUCGCUGUGGGGAGAGCUUCAGCCACCGCUCCCUCCUCGUGGCUCACCAGAGCAGCCACCCAGGAGAUGCCCCUUUCCACUGUGCUGACUGUGGGAAGGGCUUCACAAGGCACCCAGAUCUCCUGGUCCACCGGCGGAUCCACACUGGAGAGAGACCCUUCCCCUGCCACGAGUGCGGCAUCGGUUUCAGCCGCAGCUCAGACCUGGAGAACCACCAGAGCAUCCACAUGGGACAUCAGCCCCACAAGUGCCCUGACUGUGGGAAGGGUUUCCGGGAAAGCGUGCACCUCCUGGCACACUGCAAGAGCCACGGUGGGGAGGAUUUUUACCAAGACCUCGCUGCUGCCUGGAUGGGGUGAGCAGUGCAGCACCAGGAAUCCAGAAGUGCCAACCCUGGGUUGAGAUGGGACACUAGCAGCUGGUUGCAGACUAUUUGAAUACCCCAAGUUUUCCUGGCCAGAACAGGAGCAGACCUCUGGCCUGGGGUCUAUUAGGGUGUGAAGUGGGCCCUGGAGGCCAGCUGUCUUAUGAAAAUGUCUGGAGGCCCCAGGCUAGGAUUUGAGAUUCCUCCACACCCCCAACCCCCUUGUGCUGGGCAUCUUGCGUAAUUUAAUAAAAGGUUCUUGCUUAGAAUAGUCAGUCUAAGGAUUAUUAUUUUAUCACAAAAACCACAGGUUUGAUCAGUCUGUGAUUCUUAAGCAAGGGUAGGUCAUUAUUUUGGGCAGAGGGCUGCUUACUGAGUUUCAGCAAAGCAUCAAGGGCCACAUGACAGGCAGCCCAGGGCAGAUUAAUAUUUUCUAAAAUUUUUUUAGGGGCUCUGCAGGCCAGACAGAAUGGCUUGGCUGGCUGCAUCUGACCCGUGGGCCUCAUUUUGCUCACCCCUACUCUUAAGGUACCCAGCGCACUUGGGAAGGGAGCAUUAGCCCUACGCAUUAUAACUCCCACAUGACUCUCUUCGAGAGUUUGUUGUGCAGGAAAGACUGGCAAGGGCAUCGCUGCUCUUUCAAUUCCCAAGAAGCAUUGUCUCUCAGGAAACCCACAUGGUAGGCUGUUGUUUAGUUGCUUUUUUCCUUGCAUCUCUGUACUGGUUUAUUAAAAGUGACAAGAAUAAAACUUGUUUUACUUAUUA